AGUUCUAAAAUCUUGAAAAUCUGUAGAGCUCUGAGAUUGCUUUUAUGAUGUUAGAAAUCCGCUAAGGUGCUAAAUCUGAGUUUUUAUGGGAAGGGGGGGGGAGGAGGGGGUGUUAAAAACAACACAUUUGACACAUGUUAUUUGUUAGCUUCAAUUAUGACAUUUUUAUAUCAGUAAUCUUAAAAAAAUUAUGUUAGAUUUAUUUUCGCGCGCUUUUGUGCGUGUAUGUCUCAAGGCUGAAGUUACACUAGGCUGUGUUCUGCUGGACAGUCUCUGCUCUGACCGGCCACAGUCACCGCGCUCUCACAAUCUCUCAAACUCUCUUUAGUUACUCUCAGUACAUUGAAUCAACACAGGCACUAAUCACGGACUAAUCUCACACUUUAGGAUGAAUUUAUCAGAUCUCGUCCCUACACCCUGCUACAGCCGAGUUGGUCAUUGUGUCUGCUUGAUGAUAAAGUGACCUGCUCAGCAGUUAUAAUACAUAAACAUCUAGCACACCAAACUAUUCUGUAAGUGAUCAUGUGCAUAUAUUGAGUCUUUUUAAAGUGUAAAGAAUGCCCCUUAACCGCAACUAUGGUGGCUACAGUAACAGCUAUGGGAGCAGCAGCUACUCAAAUUACAGUAGCUUCCCCAAGUACAGCUCCGGCUAUGCAAGUACCUACGGGUUACGGAGUGGAAGCUCAUCUCCAGCUCUGGUUAGAUCAUCCACACCAUCCUACAGAGAACCCUUCUCCUACAACAACAGCAUCAUCAACAGUGUGGUCCCGGAGGAGAAGAAGGUUGAUACUAGACCUAGCACCGGGUAUACCAGAUACACUACUGAUUACUACUCCCCAUAUUCCAGAUCAUAUCUAUACACAUCAGAGGCUGAGAAGAGAGAACUAAAGACAAUAAAAACUGAGGAAAUAGAUACUACAGAUGCUAGGAAAACUGGCAGAGAUUACGCAAUCCCAGGUGAGAUCACGCGAGAUACAACAGUUAACCUGCCAAGGGGGAAAGCUGUUGUGAGAAUGGUGACUCAAAAAUUAAAAGAAAAUCCAUAUUUAUCCACUCUAAUUCUCGACAAAGAAAAUGAUCCUAAAAAACUAACUCUAGGUCAAAGAUUAGCUUUGAAAUAUCAGAUAAAAGAGAAACCUAAACCUAAACCUCCAACCCCACCUAAACCUGACUCCGGAGAGGAGAGUGAAUGGACCUGGGAAUCAUAUUCCUCUUCGGACGAAGAAUCCACAGUUCCAAAGAGUCCAUCCAAAAAAGAUUCUCCAGUAUCAAAAAGAGAGUCUCCUCCAGUGUCUGAAAAGAAACCUCUAGUAAAAAAGAAGUCUCCAACCCCUCCCAAGUAUGUAUCCAGUGUUCUUGCUCAGGCUAGAGCCAUCACACAGAAGUACACAAGGUCCAACACAACUACAAUAUGUAGUGCAGAGGAACCAUCUGCUCCUAAACCUGAGGGAAGAUCAUCUGCUAAUAAAUGGUUGGAAGCUCUCAAUGCAGACACUAAACCCAGGACUCAGCAGAAUACAACCAGAAUUCCAAAUUUUGGAAAAGCAGUUGCAAUGAACAGAAGUUUGUUAGGAAACAAACUGCAGGAAGAGCAGAGUAAGGUUGAGAGUCCAACUCUUCAAGUGAGAUCUAGUAAUUCUAGACCUCUCUCCUGGGCAGGCAAUCAGUAUAGUUUAGAUACAAAACCUGAGGAAAAUAACAAUUUUUCAAGAGAUAUAAGAAGUGUAUCCAGAGAUACUUCUUCAACCUCCAAGGAACCGUUAGGAUCAUCAAGUAAAUCUACCAGUUACUCUAGCUACUCCAAGGAACCUGUCAGUUACUCCAGAUACUCUAGUAUACCCAGGGAACCAGCAAGCUAUAUUACUACUGAAUCUAUGUCCAAAGGGAAGAAAUCCCCGAAGAAAGAAUCAGAUUCAUCCUCCACUUCCUCCUCCUCUCCACCCUUGUACAAAUACAGAAAACCUCAACGGUACAAGGGUGCAGGAUCUCAGUACAUGUACAGUAGUGAUGAGGAGUCUCCAAGGGAUUCCUUAAACCUAGGCUGGAGAAAGGGUCAACCUCCAAGAGGAGAUGUUGUUGUCAAGCUGGGAAAUAAUAAAAAUAAAUCUGUGAUAGAACCCGUACAUUCCAAAUCAACCUUGGGCAGAAGUAGUUACACAAGUAUUUCUACUUCAGCUUCAGCAUCUACUGAAGCAGCAUCAACUGUAGCAGCAUCAACAGUAGCUGUUAACUCGGCAGCAGCAGCAACUGUUAGCUCGGCUAUAUCCAGCAGAGUUCCAGCAUCAAUGCAGGAAAGAUAUCAAAUCCCAGGACUAUUUAUUAAACCAAGCACGAAAACUCAACCAAAAAGUGUGAAACCAGUAGCUUCCAAAUCUGAAGUAAGUUUACCUGUCUCUAAGACAGCUCCAACCAAAGAGGUAUCUGAUGAAGAAUCCGAAUGGGAAUAUUAUACAGAAACUGAAACCUCUGAUUCAGAUAAGAAUGAUGAGGAGACAAAGAACAUUAAAACUAAGGUUGACACUGCCUCAUCCUUAUUGGAUAAGAAAGCAGGUUUAAAUUCCUCUCAAGCAGGAAGCAUUGAAUUACCUGACUCUAAGCUGCCUGCAUAUAAAGCUCCCCCUGUAAAGGUUAAUCUGGAGAUUACUCCGGUUCCAGUUCACCAGAAGCAGAAUAUAACUCUUUUAUCCAUACCGGAGAAAAUACAGGAAAAAGUUGAAAAAAUAUACAUUUCUCCAAAAUCAACAAAACCUGGGAUAGAUAAACCUAAGGAUUCAAACCAACAUUCCGAUCUUGAAACUCAAGUUAAACCUGACGAAAACACUAAGAGUACUGCAAAUAGUUCUAGGUUAAUACUUGAUGUCAAAGAGACCGGUUUAAACAGGGAUAUUAAGAUAUCUGAACCUAAAAUUACUAAACCAUUAUCCAGUGCGCCCACAGUAGAAAAUGAUCAUGAAUUAAACCAAACCAAGAUUAACAGUUUAUCCAGCUCUGCUAAACCUCACACUAGAGAACAGGAUGCAAAAGUACAUUCAAUAUCAGUUAACCCCAUGAAAAAGAUCCUUGACCAAGGAUCCAUAAACUUGUCAACAUCCAAAACAAAGGAAAAAACCCCAGACAAACAAACGAUAAAUGUUACCUCAACUAAAGCUAAAGACAAACUAAUACCACAGAGCUCAGAGCAAGAAAACUUAGGCGCUAUUUCCAAAAAGGCUGAACACAAGGUUGUAGAAAAAAAGACGGACAAAGUUUCCAACUCAAAGGAUAUAGUUAAAAUAACGCCCAACCUCUUAGAGAAUGAACCCCCUAGUAGUAUUUCUGCCAAACCAAAGGAAAAAAAUACAUCAAAAACUGGUUCAAAAGAAACCAAUAAGGUUGCCAAAACUAAGGCUGAGGAGAAGGUUCCAGAAAAGAGCAAUGACAAAGAAUUCUCUAAGAACACUUCAGCUGAGAAAAAAGAACCUACAAAAGCAAAAAAGCUUGUCAAGGAACCUAUCAAUGUCUACCCAAAUAAUAACUUAUAUCAAGAACAUUCUAACAUUACCAUAAAAAAUUCAGAAGAAAAGCUUCCUGUCAAAUCAGAACUGGAUCUCCUUGAUAUUUAUAAAUCCAAGGCCAAGAAACAAAUUCCAGUAAAAACUGAAACCAAGGGGCCUGAGAUAAAUACUGAAAGUACACUUGUGAAAAAAGUAAAAACUAAAGCUGAACUAGUGUUUUCAAAGCAAGUGGUUGAUGUAAAGGAAGAUAUUAUCAAACCCGAAGCAGUUACGCCUUCAGACGCUCCUAAGCAACAGGAAAAGGUGAAAAGAAAUGCUGUAGAUCUGAAAGGAGUAACUGCUAAACCUGAUUUCUACCUCCUGGAACCUAAAUCUGGACCUGGAGAGAGCAGGAGAACAGGACAGGAUAUGUUGAGUGAAGGAUCUGACUCCUGUAGAACAAGUACAACAGCGUCAAGAGAAUUGAGUCCGACCAAUGGAUUUAUGCCAACUACUUCUCUUGAGAGAUUACCUCCCUCACUGUCAAACCUGUUUUCACAAACACCAACACAGAGUAGUUGUACAGACACGGAAGAUGAAAAUGAACGUCCGUCCUGGUUCAACAAUGCUCCAGUUCAGGAUACUGAUCAUGUAAACCCUAUGUCAGCUUUGAAAGCUAUGAAAGCUGAUACCGCUGCACAGAAAACAUACGUAGAUAAACAGGAGAAGAAACUUAUUAAAGUAUCUAAGGCAGCUGAGAACCCCUGGUAUGAUGAUGAUGAAGAUGAUAUGAGAGAACUAUUGAAGAACCGUCCAACUAUUCUUCAGGAGGUUGAUCGGGAUCAGAACCGUCGGCUCACAGUCGAGGAGAAUAUGGCCGUGGUAAAGAUGUAUGGUGGAGUAAUGUUCCCUGACGGAGAUAUGGUUACCACUCCGAAGAGUUUACUCUACAAGGUUCGGAACAAGGACAGCGUUCAACCUUUAAGCAAUAGAUGUUCAGCUUCGUCUUCUAUAUCUAGUGUACCCUGCUCCCCUGUUUAUCUGUCUGAGGACGAAGAAGAAGAAUUGUCUCCGGAUUAUCUCACAAUCAAUGGAAACCAGAGAAACUUAGAUGUUAGUAGACCAGAGUUUAGAAAGUACGGAGUUUAUGAUUUCCGUUUUCUAAAAGUACUCGGGAAAGGCAGCUUUGGAAAAGUUAUGUUGGCUCAGCUCCGUGAGACAAACAACUUCUACGCGUUGAAAGCUCUACGGAAGGAUGUAGUACUAGAAGACGACGACAUUGAGUGUACGCUUAUCGAGCGUAAAGUUCUGGCACUUGGAGUAAAACAUCCGUUUCUCUGCCAUCUCUUCUGUACCUUCCAAACUGAUUCUCAUCUGUUCUUUGUAAUGGAAUAUCUAAAUGGAGGGGAUCUGAUGUUUCAUAUACAACAGGAGGGCAGAUUUAGUGUUGAGCGUGCUAGAUUCUAUUCAGCUGAGAUUGUUUGUGCACUCAAGUUUCUUCAUAAGAAGGGUAUAGUCUACAGGGACUUAAAACUGGAUAACCUACUCCUUGACUGUGAUGGACACAUACGAAUUGUGGAUUUCGGGAUGUGUAAACUUCAACUUUAUCUGGACAAAACCGCGGACACUUUCUGUGGAACUCCAGAUUACAUGGCGCCUGAGAUAAUAAAAGGUAUGAAGUAUACCCAUAGCGUGGACUGGUGGAGUUUCGGAGUUCUACUUUAUGAAAUGCUAAUCGGUCAAUCACCUUUCAACGGAUGUGACGAGGAUGAAUUGUUCUGGUCAAUAUGUAAUGAGCAGGCCUACUUCCCACGGUUCCUCUCAGCUGAAGCUAAAUAUCUUCUUGACGCGCUAUUGGAGAAGAAUCCCAGUGAGAGGUUGGGAGUGAGUGAAUCCAUCCACGGAGAUAUCUCUAAACAACCAUUCUUCCGAACCAUUGAUUUCAUUAAACUGGAGAAUAAGGAGCUCAACCCUCCAUUCAAACCUCAGCUGCGAACCCCCCUGGACGUGAGCUACUUCGAUACUGCAUUCACAGAAGAACCGAUAAAACUGACUCCGGUAGACUCAUCCUUACUCCGGAACCUGGAUCAGAGACAGUUCAAAGGGUUUUCACUAACAAACAAACUGUAUACAUUGAAGUAAAUAGUUUAUAUUUUCCA